UGUUCCAGGGAGGGAAGCAUCCUUCCGGUCUCAGCGAUCCCGCCGUAGUUUAAACCGGGAAGAUGGCGUCUGUUCCUGAAACAGUGCUUGUCUCCGCCCCGCAGGAUGCCCAGGCCGCCUCAGACUCCCAGGACACGGCAGCAGCCGCCUCUCCCCUAGAGGACUUCCGAGUGCGCUGCACCUUGAAGAGGGCAGUGGUGGAGGUGAUGGAGAUGUGCGGUCACUUCGUGCAGGAGCUCGGGGCCGCGCUUCCGGAGGACAUCCGCGAGCUCGCGCUGCGGGACGCGCAGUGGACGUUUGAGUCAGCUGUGCAGGAGAACGUCAGCUUUAACGGACUGGCCUGGGAGGAAGCUAAAGAUGAUUGUUUUAUGGAUUCUGACAUCAAAAUGCUUGAAGAUGAAUUUGAUGAGCUCAUAGUAGAUGUUGCAACGAAGCGGAGGCAGUAUCCCAGAAGGAUCCUUGAGAGUGUCAUCAAAACCCUGAAAGCUCAGCAUGCGAGCCUGAAGCAGUAUCGCCCUGUUGUACAUCCUCUGGACCUGAAAUGUGACCCUGACCCAGCUUCUUGUGUAGAAGAUUUGAAACGCCGAGGAGAAGCCAUAGCGAAGGAAAUGAGUGAGGCCAUGAAGGCUCUGCCUGCGCUAAUUGAACGAGGAGACGGCUUUUCCCAGGUCCUAAAGAUGCAGCCUGUCAUUCAGCUGCAGAGGAUCAACCAGGAAGUCUUCUCCAGCCUAUACAGGAAAGCAGAUUCCAAGCCUGACAGACGUGUGACAAAUGUAGAAACCACACCACCCGAGACUGGAGCCAGGAAGGCCUCCAACAUUGUGCUAAAGAGGAAGCAAGCCCCAGACUGUGCCCAGAGAAAGUGCUACCCGCUGCGGCUGAAGAGAAUUAAUCUCGAUAUGUGAGCUGUUUGUUGGGGAGUUGAAAGUCAAUGUUGCCAACAUUUGGGUCACAGUCUGAUGCCUGAGUGACUUGACUUGAAGUAACUGACUCUGUACAGGUCCCGUGUGCUGUUGUGAUAUCCUGGAAUACAGCUGAGUGCUGUACUUCUUCCAGUCCUGCACAGACCUGUUGGUGGCCUCAGAUGACACCAGCUCUUGGCUGCCUUGCAGCUUUGAGACAUCCCAGGGAUGUGCUCUGAGGGGUUUUGUUGAUGCACAGCUCUCUGUGUGAAGCUAUGAGGUGGUUCCCUGUGGUCAGAGCUGGCGUUGGCUCUGCAGCAGCGUGUGCAUUUCUAGGCAGUUUAUCAGAUGAAUGCACAGAAAGUGGGCCUGGCCUUAGGUUUGGUCCAUGGUCAUAAAUUUGAGGUUUUAGAGUUUAAAGAUAAAUGAGAAGCUAUUACCUAUGCAGGAAAUAUUCUUAAAAAGAAAACCUGGGACACAGAGUCUUUAUUUCCUGCCUACGUUUUUAUUUCCAUAAAUCUUUGAAUAUAAUUUAGCUGAAAACUGAUAGUUUCUUUUAAAGUCCUUAUUUCCAAAUAGAUCCUUCUAGUUAAAAGUAUGUAUUAGGAUUGAUUGACAUGUCAUUUUCCACAGAUUAAGCAGAGUAAACUGCUCUUAUGGACAUUUGUAUAUCUGAGAUAACGUGUCAGACUCAGGUGGUGUCAGCAAACCUCCACUGAGAGUUGAACACAGCCUCUUAGCGUGCCUCUGCCUCUGACCCAGUGCAUUGCAGACAGGGCCGUAGAGCUUGCCACCUUUUUCCUUUGGGUGAUUGUACUCAUGUCCAUUUUCAGAGAGAUUUACCGAUCAUGAUUUGGAAAGUCUGAUUGCUUUUAUUCAUUGUGUCCUACUGAGCAUGAACAAACACCUUUGUCUGCUUUUCUCAGUUGGGAAAGCUUUAUGGCGAUGCUGCUUUAUGGAACUCAGGUUCUGUUUUAGUUAAAAUUUGAUUUAGUGUUAGUAAUUGUAUGGAGCAGUGUUUGGGUUUUUAAAGUAAUGCAUAAAGACCAGAAUCUUGGCACUGUGCCUUUUCCAGCUAACAAGGCAUUCUUGGUACUGGCUUUCAUGGGAGAGCAGGCUGGUGCUCCGCAUUUCAGAGUGAACUAGCUCUCACUGUGCGUCACCUCCUGUGCCUUUUGAGGCAUUAAAGUGCUGUGACUGAGUUUGCUUGAGAAGUGCCCAAACAGGCAAGGCUAGGACAGCAGGCUGGGAGGCAGUGUGGUGGGAGUCAUUGAUGCAAGAGCUAUGUAGCAAGAUGGGAGAAUGAGCUUGGGGUAUCCCCCUAGGUGGUUCUGGCUGGACCUAUAAAGUCAAAUGGCGAAAGCCUGCCUGGGCCCUGAGGUCUCACUCAGGGGAGUGACUUGAUCCUGUCUGUGGCUUACAGCACUUGCUUAGUAGUGAGCGCUGAGAGGUAUUUUGUCCUCCGCACAGAAGCUAGGUGAGCAGAGGGCCCCAAGGAUCCUUGAGGCCCACUUAAAACAGGAGUUCUUAAAUGGGGCUUUCUUCCCAGCGGGCCUGUGGUAAUUGUGAAGAUGUUUUUGCCUAUCAUAACUUAAGGUGUGUGUGGUGGGGGGUUGGGAGGUUUGGAUGUAUCAUUAUCAUCUAGUGAAUAGAUGGCCCGAUGGCUGGCACAGCGAACCAUCUGCCCCAAGACCAGUGAUGCUGCGGUGGAGAAGCCCGCUGAGGGGGACAGACCAACAGCAUAGUGUGGUGUGAUCAUUAUAGCUCUCCAGGCCAGUCUGGGAAAUGCUGUUUGUCUUGGUUGUCCACUGUCAGCCUUCAUAAGACUGCAAUGCAUGCUCUUAUUAUAUAGAAUCAGACUGUAGAAUACAUGUAAAAAAGCCACAAGUAAAAAAGAAAUGUUAAUCGUAA